CACUCUGUCUGUUUCAAGGGCUUGUCAGUAGGUGAAGAAUUUUAAUGAUUUUCUUCUGCCUCUGUUUCCCACAUCAGGUGGGGGAGGUGCUUCACAUUCCGCAGGGGACAGCCAUCAUGCAGCAGGAGAUGGGGAGGAAGACUGAGCCCUUAGACGGCCAUGUGGCCUUGGGGAGUCCCGAGGCUCUGGAGACCCUCACAAGCAGAGUGGGAACGGUAGUGCUGCCUCUUGAGGUGCUUGUGGCCAAGAGCACCGACACGGGCCACUCCCUCCACCCCGGCAGCAUAGGAAGAGGUUACUCCUGGAAGGAGUGGGGGUGACAAAGGGGACAGAGCCUGGGCAAACUCCAGGCUCUGGUCAUGCACGGGACCUGGCCUGCCCUUCGACCUUCUCCCACUAUCUCUACCUCCCCAGCCCGUACACGUGUAAGAUACAGAUACUGUAGUGCAGGAGCUGAGCCAAUUGGUUUUAAAGUCAUUUCCUUAUCACUUCCCCGUCAGUAGUUGCGUGCCUGUGCAGACGGAGGGCGGCAGGUGGACACGGCUGUCUUCACCAUGGCCUACGGCUGGCCCCUGGCCCGAGUCAAAGGCUGGCUCCGGCUCCGCAGCCAGCUGGGCCGACAGUGCCUGGCGGAGUUUCUGGGUGUGUUUGUGCUCAUGGUGAGCUGGGACGGGGAGCGGGGGGUGCGGGCGGGGGCAAAGGCUCUUCGCGCCUCCCGGGUCUCUGUUUCUUCUUGCAGGUGUCUUGCGUCUCCCAGCCACCCGUCAUUCCCCGUCCCUGUCCCUGCCCUUCCUGUCCCGCUCCCUAACUUAGUCCCGGCCCUGCCCAUCUCUCAGCCUCCUUCCCCGCCUCCAGUAGUCCCCGUGGCUCCCCUGACGGCCCUCCGUCUGCUCCUCGCCCUCCCUAGCCCGUGCGCUCCGCUCCCUCGGCUGGUGCCUGGCGUUCCGGCCUCUGUCCCUGCGCCCGUCCCCCAGCCUUGGUCCCCGCUGCCGGCCCCCCUGUUCCCGGCUCCGGCUCCUCAUCCGCCCUCUCCCCACCAGCUCCUCACCCAGGGGGCUGUGGCCCAGGCCGUCACCAGCGGAGAAAGCAAAGGCAACUUCUUCACCAUGUUUCUGGCCGGCUCCCUGGCCGUGACGGUAGCCAUCUACGUGAGCGGUAACGUUUCCGGCGCCCACCUGAAUCCGGCCUUCUCCCUGGCCAUGUGCCUCCUGGGACGUCUGCCCUGGGCCAAGCUUCCCAUUUACUGCCUGGUGCAGCUUCUCUCGGCCUUCUGUGCCUCCGGAGCCACCUACGCGGUCUACUAUGAUGCCCUCCAGAAUUAUACAGGUGGGAACCUGACAGUGACUGGCCCCAAGGAGACGGCCUCCAUCUUUGCCACCUACCCUGCCCCUUAUCUGUCCCUGAACAAUGGCUUCCUGGAUCAGGUUCUAGGCACAGGAAUCCUUAUUGUGGGGAUCUUGGCCAUCACGGACACACGGAACAAGGGAGUGCCUGCGGGUCUGGAGCCUGUGGCUGUGGGGCUGCUGAUCCUAGCCAUCGGGCUAUCCCUGGGUGUCAACUGUGGGUUCCCACUCAACCCUGCCCGCGACCUGGGCCCACGGCUUUUCACCUAUGUGGCUGGCUGGGGUCCUGAGGUCUUCAGUGCCGGGAAUGGCUGGUGGUGGGUGCCUGUGGUGGCCCCUCUGGUGGGGGCUACGCUUGGCACAGCCACGUACCAGCUGCUGGUGGCCCUCCACCACCCCGAGGAGUCAGAGCCAGCUCAGGAUCUAGAGCUCGCGCGACGGAAAGCCUCAGGCUUGGAGACAUCUGCCCCAGCUCGGCGGCCGCCGCUGUGAUUCCCACAGGACAGCCCUCACCGCCCGC